AUGUUCAACUUCACUCCUUUACUAGGCGCGCAAUCGUCCUCGGCGGCGUCGCAGUCGCUGCUGGAAUUCGAUGGAGGUAUCAAGAUCCUCAUCGACGUAGGCUGGGAUGAGAGUUUUGAUGUCGCAAAGCUGAAAGAAAUUGAGAGACAUGUCUCUACCCUCUCCUUCGUACUGCUCACCCACGCAACUACGGCCCAUCUUGGAGCAUAUGUGCAUUGCUGCAAGAACUUCCCGCUGUUCUCGCGCGUCCCCGUUUACGCGACCGUGCCCGUCAUAUCGCUCGGCAGAACCCUCCUUCAGGAUCUCUACGCGUCUACGCCAUUGGCGUCUUCGAUACUACCUACGGAUGCCCUGACCGAAUCCGCAUACUCGUUCCCCUCGGCCUUGAAGGGCGGCAAGAACCCCAACAUACUGCUACAGGCACCUACACAAGAGGAAAUCGCCAACUAUUUUGGCGCCAUCACCCCUCUGAGGUAUUCUCAGCCGCAUCAGCCGAUCCCGUCGUCAUUCUCACCGCCCCUCAACGGCCUUACAAUCACCGCAUACAGCGCAGGACACACAUUGGGGGGGUCGAUAUGGCACAUCCAGCAUGGCAUGGAGUCUGUGGUGUAUGCCGUAGACUGGAACCAGGCGAGAGAACACGUGCUUUCGGGAGCCGCGUGGCUGGGCACCGGCACUGGUGGUUCAGAGGUCUUGGAGCAGCUGCGUCGCCCCACUGCCAUGAUAUGUAGCAGCAAGAACUCGGGUCUAGUCAAGGUCGCCAAAGCCCCUAGCAAGCGAGACGAAGAGUUAUUGUCCAUGAUCAGAGAUACGGUAGCCAAGGGCGGCUCGGUUCUCAUACCCUGCGACUCAAGCGCACGAAUUCUGGAGAUUGCCUAUCUGCUCGAGAAGUCAUGGCACAGCGAAACAGCUAGGUCGGAAAACAACAGCCCCUUGAAGAAUGCGAAAGCCUAUCUUGCAAGCAGGACGGGAGGAGCGACCAUGCGUUACGUCCGAAGCAUGCUGGAGUGGAUGGGUGAAGGCAUCGUGAAGGAAUUCGAAGCCGCAAGUGGUGCCGCCGAGGGCCAAGGCCAGCGCAAUGUGCGAGGUGCACCUGGCAGAGACGAUGGUCGAGGCAUCAGGACUCCUUUCGACUUUCAACACAUUACUCUGCUCGAAAAGAAGGCACGUGUCACACGGAUGCUCAAUGCUACCGAACCGCGCGUCAUUCUUGCCAGCGAUACCUCGCUCGAAUGGGGGUUCUCCAAAGAUGCAAUCAGAAGUCUCGCAUCAGACGAGAAGAACCUGGUCAUUCUUACGGAAAGGGUCGGGGAGCUCGGUACGCAGGAGAAGGGUCUAGGACGCUACCUUUGGGAUCUGUGGAACGAGCGCUCUGUGAAUUCUGGAGACGACUCGCUCGACUCUACCAUGGUAGAUGUGUCUGGCCAACAAGCCUCAAUAAGUACAGUCCGCACUGUCGCACUCGAGGGCGAUGAGGUACCCCUAUACCAACAAUUUCUUGCCAGGCAGAGACAACUGCACAACACCAUGACUGGUGACGGCGGGACCACUCUGGAGACGUCCGCAGACGUGGUAGACGACCGAUCAUCCACUACAUCUGAAAGCUCCGAAGAGUCGGCUGAUGGACACGGAGGCAAAAUUCUCAAUACCACGGCAGCACUCCAACAUGCACGUAACAAAUUAGGUCUGACUGAUGCGGAGCUGGGCGUCAACAUCCUUAUCCGCCGGAAGAAUGUUUACGACUACGAGGUAAGAGGAAAGAAAGGAAAAGAGAAGUUGUUUCCCCACCAGCAGAAGCGGAGAAAGCAAGACGACUUUGGUGACCUGAUCCGACCGGAAGAGUUUGCUCGUGCAGACGAAGAAGACAAUGUUGGAGGUGACACUCUGCGAGGAGAGAGCACAAAGAAAGAAAACACAGUCGGUCAAAAGAGACGAUGGGAUGACCUCGUUAAUGUCAUCGACAGCUCCAAGACCAAAGAAAAGCAAAGACGACGGAAGCUCGACGGCGAUGACCAAGGCGAUACAGAAAUGGCAGAGUCCGACAGCGAACCAGAAGAUGAUCCCGACAAAGUUGACGGUCCCACAAAAGUCAUCAUCGACUCGGAAAUCAUCGAACUCCGGUGUCAGAUAUCUUUCGUCGACUUCUCUGGUCUGCACGACAGACGUACGAUCCAAAACAUCAUACCGCUCGUCAAGCCACGAAAACUCAUUCUCAUUGGCGGAGAGGAAGCAGAAACCAUGGAGCUCGCAGAAAUCUGCAGAACCGCUCUCAACGUAGGCCUGGAGGCUUCUGCCGCCAUUGAUGUCUUUACACCCACUAUCGGUAUCGUCGUCGACGCAAGUGUCGACACAAACGCAUGGACCGUCAAACUCAGUCGCACAAUGGUGCGCAACCUCCACUGGCAAAACGUCCGUGGUAUGGGCGUUGUCGCCAUCACUGGCCGGCUCGCUGCCGCCACUCUCGACGCACCGCCAAAAGAAGAAGAAGGCUCCGCGAAGAAGAAAGCUAGAUUGGAUGCCCCUGCUGUCCCAGUGUCAUCACUGCUCGAAUCAAGCUCAACUCCCAUUCUCGACGUUGUCCCAGCGAACAUGGCUACCGCUGUGCGUUCAGUCGCGCAACCUUUCCACGUCGGCGACCUACGUCUCGCCGAUCUGCGUAAGCUCAUGAAGAGCAACGGCAUGGAAGCAGAGUUCCGAGGCGAGGGUGUGCUGGUCAUCAACGGCACUGUGGCUGUCAGGAAAACAGCCACAGGACAGAUUGAAGUUGAUGGAGGAGCGUAUGGAAACACUGACGCGAGGAAUAAUGAUGCUGCGACAUUCUUCAGGGUCAAGAGGCAGAUUUACGAUGGCUUGGCCGUUGUGGCUGGUAGUUAA